AUGGGCGCGCCUCCUGGAACUAUUGGAGUUUACGGGAAACUGCAGAUGCAUAGUGCGUAUACCGGGAUCUCCUGGACACGCCUUGGAAAUGACGUUGCCCCUGGAAAUGAAAGGUUCGGGGUACAAGAUCCUUUGGACUGGCAUAAUGGUGACAGGAUUGUCAUCAGCUCCUCUUCUUACGAAGCCCACCAAGCUGAAAUAGCCACUUUGGAAGAAGUCCGUGGUCAUAGCAUUAGAAUCCGUGAACGUCUUCUCUACAGACAUCUAGGGCAUUCCCACAUAUUAGAAGAUGGGCGGCCGAUUCCUCUGGCUGCAGAAAUUGGGCUCCUAACAAGGAAUAUACAAAUCAAGACCGACAGCAAUUGUACCGGGAGGCUUCUAGUGGCCAGCUUCAGAAAUGCCAGUGGCACAGAAUAUACAGGUGUGCUGCAGCUUUCCAAUGUUGAGAUUCUAGGCUUCGGAUCUUCACAGUUCCCUGCGGUUGACAUCAUGAACGCAUCCUCUGAAUCCUUCAUCAUCUCCUCCAGCAUUCACCAAAUCUGCGGGGCUGGCAUUCAAGCAGUGGCGAGCAGUGGCCUCUCGGUACGGGACAAUGUGGUGUUUGAUACGGCUGGUCACGGCAUACACCUGGGAGGCCAAGACCAUUCUCUCGUCAGGAAUCUAGUCGUUCUGAGCAAACAGCCAGAGGGAGCAUCCUAUUGGGUGGCCGGCAUCAAAACCAACACAGCUGAUAACGCCCACUUGUGCAAUAACAUUGUGGCAGGAUCCGAACGGAUAGCCUUUCACAUCCGAGGGCAGGAAUGCUUCUUAGCGGGAGAGUUUUGCGGUGGUAACGUGGCUCAUUCAAGCCUUCACGGGGUUCAUUUGUACGGAAGAGAUGGCUUUCCUAACUGCACCAAAAUCGCAGGCUUCCUGUCCUACAAGAACUACGACUACGGGAUCUUAUUUCACCUUGAAGGAAACGUAGUGGUAGAAAACGUGAUAUUGGUUGACAACAAUGUAGGUCUUCUCCCAAUUUUAUUCUGCACAUCCAUUGAGCCACGGUGCCACCUUGAAAAACAGCAUGUCGAACUUAGAAACUCGGUACUUUUGGCCACCAGCUCUUCUUUCGAUUGCAUCAAGGACCGGAUCCAUCCCCUUUCAGCUCACCCAACAACGCGGGAUCGAGCACCACGUAGUCCUUGGAGGGGGCGUGUCGGGAUUCUGUGGCCUUCUUUUACCUCCGAGCCCGGUCGCUGGCCUGAUCAUCCAUGGCAUAGAAUACAAAAUGAUUCGGCAGUGCUGGGAAUCAUGAAAUUGCAAGAUGUCACCUUCACUGGCUUUCGGAAGACUUGUUAUAGCGAUGAUGGAGACGUCUGCAUUAUGACCAGUCCUGGCCACAGAGGCGUGCUGCAUAUGGUCACAUCGGAGAGGACAAGAAUGUUCCAUGUCAACGAAGAGAACAUGUUUCAUUUUUCUCCAUCACAAACUGGGUAA